UCCCUCCCCUUCCAUCCCCUGCUCACACUCCUCCUGCCUUCAGUGGGAAAAAUUCCUGCUGGAACAUCCAUGCUGGAUUGAGCUCGGGAAUUGUAGCGGAAAGCAGGCGUCUGUGAUACAGCCAGGGGAUUUCCCGCAUGUUUAUUCACAUAUCGUUCAGAAAACCGUCAUGUUGAUGUGAAUCAUGGCUUCCUGAUCGGAUCUUCUUGACCCCCCUAUCAUCUCAUUCCCUAUACCCAUCAUUGGCUCAGUGAUGAACCACACACCCAGCCCCAGCCACAUGACGGAGGCCGCCAAGUCUGGGGCGGGCCUGUUGUGCGGCCUGGGCCUGGGCCCGGAUCGGGUGCGUUCCCCAGACAGCCUGACCCACACCCCUAGCCCUUCAGGAGGAACACCCAGUUCCAGCCCUCCUCUGCUGCUCUCUCCAGGGCUGGCCUGUGAUGGUGUUAUCGGAGACUGGGAGAGUCGCGAGGAGCUGCGUCUACGCGAGCUGGAAGAGGCUCGGGCGCGGGCGGCUCAGAUGGAGAAGACCAUGCGUUGGUGGUCAGACUGUACGGCAAACUGGAGGGAGAAAUGGAGUAAGGUCCGUGCAGAGCGCAACAGGGCGCGGGACGAAGUCCGGCAGCUGAGACAGCGUCUGGACGCCCUCACGAAGGAGCUGACGGGAGCGCGACGGGAACGCCAAGAGCUGGCAGCGGAAAACGAACAGCUGCGACAGGAGGCCCAAAGGGUUCGGGCAGAGCAGAGCUCACCAGUCGAUGCUGCUUCGGCAACUGCAUCCUCAACGUCCUCCAACCAGCCAACGGGACCAGACGGCAAGCCGCACAACCAGGAUGAGGAGAGAGUAAGCGAUGGUCCAGGCUCUCCAGAGCAGGAACCUGUGAGAGAUGUGGGCACUGAGAAACCAGACAGACAAAAGGAUUUGGAGUUAUUGGAGGCUCUUCUCAGGGCAAAGUCAGAGGCUCCAGACUCAUGGGACAUGCGCAGUGUUAGUAGCUUACGUUCAGUUCUCAGUCGGCAGGACCGGAGCAGACUGCUGUGGGAUGACCUUGCUACACUGGAGGAAGACUCCAGCAAGCUCAACGCUCUCCAGCUACGCCUGGACGAGUCCCAGAAAGUCCUGCUGAAAGAACGAGAGGAUAAACAUGCGCUCAUCAAGAACAUUGAGAAGCUGGAGGCAGAUCUAAACCAAUGGAAACUCAAAUAUGAGGAGCUGAACAAGAGCAAACAAGAGGCCUUAAAACAGCUGAAUUUGCUCAAGGAGGUACAUCAGGAUGAGCUGGGCCGCAUGUCUGAAGAUCUGGAGGAUGAGCUGGGUGCUCGUACCAGUAUGGACAAGAAACUGGCAGAGCUUCGUGCAGAGAUGGAGCGUUUGCAGGUGGAAAACGCAGCCGAGUGGGGUCGGCGGGAGCGUCUGGAGACUGAGAAACUGGCCUUGGAGAGGGAAAACAAAAAGCUGCGUGCCCAGAUGGAAGACCUGGAGGAGCAGCUGGCACGCAAACGCAGGCAGGCCGCCAGUGCCCUGGACACUGACCUGAAGACUAUCCAGUGUGAGCUGUUUGAGAGAAACAAGGAACUGGCAGAUUUGCGACAUGUCCACUCCAAGGUUAAGAAGCAGUACCAGGAGAAGACGGCCGAGCUGGCACAUGCUAACCGGCGCGUGGAGCAGCACGAAGCAGAAGUUAAGAAGCUCAGACUGAGGGUGGAGGAACUCAAGAAAGAGCUGGGUCAGGCUGAAGAUGAGUUGGAUGAAGCUCAUAACCAAACCAGAAAGCUGCAGAGAUCUCUGGAUGAGCAGGUGGAGCAAUCCGAAAACCUUCAGGUUCAGCUGGAGCAUCUACAAUCCCGGCUAAGGCGUCAGCAGAACCCUGGUCUCUUUGGCAAGAUGAGGUCGUCAGCGUCAUCGCGUUUCGGGCCUGAAGAUGCCGAUGGACCGGCUAGCGACCCUGAUGAUGAGGAGGAGGAAUCGCUACAGCUUCAAAUCCCCUGAACAAAUUUCUCCAGACCUGGAAAUGUACGAAUGACUCAUAGAUCACACCCAAGCAUUUCACCUUCCCCUUCAUUUCAUCUCGGCUGGAACCAGAGGAGGACAUAGAUUUGAAAGACUGUACUGUCUGUCUUCACACCUCUCAGUAGACAGAUAAACACAACAGUAAUGUCGACAAUGAACAACUUAAAGUUUGUGGCAGAGCCAGACCCUUGAUAUUUACAGUAUUUGAAGUCUUGUCUAAAAGUCUGCUUGUGUCUCCGUUGUUGGUUACAGUCCAAGAUGGCACAUAGAUUAUAGAAAUAGACACGCAUCUAUGUUUUAAGGUUCGUUGAGUGGAUUCGUUGAGUUUUCCUAGCUAGCCCAUUUGAAGACUCCUAGAAGCCUCAUUAAAACGCAGCAAGCACAAGCAUGCCAAUGCACGCACACGCUGAUCAAACCUUAUACAAGCCUUUUGUGAGCUGUUCACUGGCGAAAUGUUUAAGGUCUGAACAUUACAUUCCCAUCUUCAUUCUGAUCUUCAGUGAUCUCUGAUGACCUCUAAAGGCAUCCAUGCAUUCAUGCUUAUGUCUCUACUCCAUGUCUACAUCCACACUCUUUUUUCAUACUUUUUAAGACCUGCAUUAUAAUUUUAUCUUGUCACACAUUCAUUUUCUUUUUUUGCCUUUUCUCCAAAUCAUUUUUAUUUCUUAUUUAAUCGUUUGUCUGCUUUCACACGCAACCCCCAUCACAACUCUCACAUCACUAUUCAAAACAACCCAUUCAGAACAUGAUGGUUAUGUUUCCUGUGUCUGGGGAGCAUUUCAUUUCUGCUGCGUUGUUACUGAUGGGCAAGCUGGUGCUGUUGUCCCAGAGCUUUUCUCGUGGCCACGUAAACGUGUUUCUUUGCAGUGGGGGAGUCGUCUUGUGUUAUGUAGGAAGUGGAGAAUCAUUUAUGAACGAGUCGGUGGGAAUUAUUUCCUUUCGUGCAUUACGGGUGCACUGGGAAACACUUAAACAAACGUUGUGUUGAUAUAAAACCGAUUUAAGCAAUAUGGUGCUGUCUACGCAUCACGAAUGGGGACCAAUACUGACUAAUCUUUAACUUGGACAUUUAUACUGGUUAUAUUGAAGUAUUUAUCUGAUGUCGUUUUUUACCAAAGUGGUCUGCAUUACAGUUUUUGUAUUUGUUUGUGUUUUACCUCUAUAAAUGUUAAGUGUAUAUACAUA